AGCGCUCUGAAGUCUGUGGCACUGACGUGUGAUUAGGAAAGCUCCAUUUGGAUCACAGAAACGUUAAAACGUUAAAAACGAGCUAUGAAUUCGAGAGUAAGGUAGUAUCUAUAUACCAUACUACUGGCUGCCGAACAUGGAGAACUGGAGUCUUGUGUCCCUCAGUGUUUUGCUCGCGCUCACGGCGAGAUGGGCAGUCUCGUUCAAUUCAUACUCAGGAGCAGGCAAGCCGCCGAUGUUCGGGGACUAUGAAGCCCAAAGACACUGGCAAGAAGUGACGUACAAUCUUCCUGUUCAUGAGUGGUACUUCAACACCACAGAGAAUGACCUAAACUAUUGGGGUUUGGAUUAUCCCCCCUUGACAGCCUACCACAGUGGCCUGUGUGCUUAUGUAGCAAAACUCAUAAACCCUGAAUGGGUGGAGCUGCAUACAUCCAGAGGGUAUGAGAGUCCAGCUCACAAACUGUUCAUGAGAGCCACUGUUCUAGUGGCAGACAUCUUGAUAUACAUUCCCGCGGUUGUGGUAUACUGCUUGUAUCUUGUUGAAGGGACCACCAAAAAGAAGGUCACCACAAUCUUCUGUAUCCUGCUCUAUCCAGGCCUCAUACUGAUCGACUAUGGCCAUUUCCAAUAUAAUGGUGUGAGUCUGGGCCUGGCCUUAUGGGGGGUGAUAGGCCUGGGUCUGGGCUGGGAUAUGCUGGGCUCGCUGGCCUUUACUCUGGCUCUCAACUACAAGCAAAUGGAGCUGUACCACUCACUGCCCUUCUUCUGCUACCUGCUGGGGAAAUGUGUGAAGCACGGUCUGACAGGCAGAGGGCUGCUCCUCCUGGUGAAGGUUGCUGUGACAGUGCUGGUGACCUUUGCCCUCUGCUGGCUGCCCUUCCUGUUGGACUCGCGUCAGGUCCUGCAGGUGGUCCACCGCCUGUUCCCUGUGGCCCGUGGGCUGUUUGAGGAUAAAGUUGCAAACGCUUGGUGCAGCUUGAACGUUCUGCUAAAGAUCAAGACCCUGAUGACCAUGGAGACUCAGCUCUCUCUGAGUUUGGUGCUCACGGUCUUGGCUGUUCUGCCCUCGUCAAUAAAACUUUUCAGCAAGCCGACCCUGUGGCAGUUCAAACUCGCCCUAGUGAACUCAUCCCUGGCUUUCUUCCUCUUCUCCUAUCAAGUCCAUGAGAAAUCGAUUCUGCUGCCCGCCCUGCCAGUGUGCCUUCUCCUCAGUGAUGUCCCCUUAGUGGCCAUCUAUUUUCUACAAGUAUCUACCUUCAGCAUGCUCCCCCUGCUGUUGAAGGACGGCCUGCUGCUGCCGUACGCGGUCACCUCCCUGGCCUUCCUCUACUUCAGCGUGACGCUUCUCUCGGCCCUGCAGCGCUCCACGGACGAGCAGCUCCGUCUGCAGCCCUACCACACCUUCCUCGGCAGCGUCCUGCCCUGCCUGCCCAGGCUCAACCUCGGACGCAUCACCAAGUGGAAGUUUGUCGUGUCCAUGGUGCUCAUGGCCGGUCUGAGUGUGGGGAGCGUGGCGCUGGAGCCUCCUGCACGGUUCCCCGAUCUAUUUCCUGUGCUCGUGUCUUUCUUUUCCUUCCUCCACUUCCUGGGUUUUUUGAUCUACUUCAACCUGCUGCAGCUCAGCGAGACUCCAGCCAGGAGCGGCAAGAAAAGCUCCUGAAGCAUGAUGGGAGAGCACCUGAGAGGUCAUCAGUGUUUGUAUACUGUAUGUUCACACGGUUUGAAGGUUGUAUUGUUAAAGGUUGAAGGGUUUGGAGGGCCAAAUUGUUAGUAUGUGAAGGCUUCUCUAGUUCAUUGAUAUAUUGGUUCAGAGACUAAAGGUGUAUAUUUUGUUUGUGUAUGUAUGGGUGUUUGAUAAGGACUUCUGUCUGUAUUAACAUGAUUUUGAAGUGUAUGAGUAUGAGGGUUGUUGAAAAUCAGAAGGCCAUUUUUUUUACACUGUGGAUCCAAGAAUGUUUUCUACCAGAGCUCUUCAUUAAAAGAAUUUUGUACAAAUUGA